AUCGAGAUGUCAUAUAAGAAGGACAGUCAAUCUCUCAAUAUACCCCCUGGCUCCAUUACUUCAACUCCAUUGUCACCCGAAGCAUCUAGACGAAAGAAAGUACCAGAAACUGUCGAGGAGGUAGAGUAUCAUCUGAAGUUUAUUGAUCCGCUUUUUCAAACAGCCUCGCACAUUGUCCAAACUCGCCUACCUGCCUCAGGACCAAUCCAACCUACCUACAAAGAAAAACUUUUACUUUACUCAUUCUUUAAACAGGCUGUCAACGGCGAUGUUCAAAAAAUUGCUUCUAGACCUGGCCUCUUUGAUAUGUUAGGAAGAGCGAAAUGGGAUUCAUGGAAGAAACUUGAAGGCUUGCAACCAGUCGACGCCAAGAAGUUAUACGUUGACACCUUAUUGAAGGUGUGUGACAUGUCAGCUCGCAUCUUCACGAACAAUUGCCCUCGCAGUGGAAUUUUGCCACUGGAUCACGCUUCCCAGAAACAGUAUGCACCAGGCACCUUGCUGAGUUUUGUUUCUACAAAUAUGCCUUGCUCAAUCAUAGAUGUUGAAAAAGCAUUCUGA